AUGGCUCGAGUCGAGGAUCAAGUCCAAGACCCCAGUGUCAUCGUCGGUCUCGCUUGUCGAGUUCCGGGCGCCAGCACUCCAAGCAAGCUCUGGCAGAACAUCUCCGAACAGCGGGAUGUUCAGCGAAAGAUGCCAGAGGAUCGGUUGAAGAUUGACAGCUUCUACCACCCAGAGUCUUCCCACAAGGGAACUACCAACGCUCGGUUUGGAUACUUCCUUGACCAGGAUAUCGGAAACUUCGACGCGAGUUUCUUUGGUAUCUCCGGAAAGGAGGCAGAGGCCAUGGACCCUCAGCAGCGUCUCCUCCUCGAAGUCGUCUACGAGGCUCUGGAGAAUGCUGGAAUUACCCUCCAGGAAGUCAGCGGGUCUGGUGCCUCUGUCUUCUGUGGUAGUUUCACCAACGACUACAACGCCAUGUUGACCAAGGACUUGGAAUACUACCCCAAGUACACUGUCACUGGCACUGGCGAUGCGAUUCUCAGCAACCGUAUCUCGUACUUCUACAACCUCCAUGGAACAAGCGUGACCAUUGACACCGCUUGCUCUUCGUCUCUCGUUUGCUUCCAUCUGGGCAACCAGACCCUCCAGAACCGGGAGUCUGAGAUCUCUAUCAUCGUCGGCUCGGCGCUGCACUAUGACAGCAACGUGUUCGUCACGAUGACUGAUCUUGGUAUGCUCUCCACCAAUGGUCGCUGCGCGGCCUUUGAUGCAUCUGGCAGUGGUUAUGUCCGAGGCGAGGGUAUCACUUGCGCCAUUCUCAAGCGCAAGAGUGAUGCUAUCGCCCAUGGUGACAACAUUCGAGCUGUUGUUCGCGCCACUGGCUCGAACCACGAUGGCAGGAAGAACGGAAUUACCCUCCCCAACUCUGUCGCUCAGGAGGACCUCAUCCGAACGACCUACAAGAAUGCUGGCCUGGACCCUCGAGACACUCAGUACUUCGAGGCUCACGGAACCGGCACUGCUGCUGGUGAUCCUAUCGAGACCCGCGCGAUCGGGGCUGUCUUUGCUCCAGGCCGCGAGGAUCCCCUCUACGUUGGCUCAGUCAAGACCAACAUUGGCCAUCUUGAAGGUGCCUCGGGUUUGGCUGGUAUCAUCAAGACCACCAUGGCUCUUGAGAACGGAAUGAUCCCGCCAAACAUGCACUUCAAGAACCCGAACCCCAACAUCGACUUUGAGAACUGGAAGAUUGCUGUUCCAACAAGCCUUGUGGAAUGGAAGGUCCCUGAGGGUGUCCCCCGCCGUGCUAGCAUCAACUCCUUCGGCUACGGAGGUACCAAUGCGCACAUCAUUCUCGAGGAGUUUGCUCAAACAACUCCGCAAAUCAAGAUCAUUGAGCCCAUUGCCAAUGGGGUGCACUCGAGACCCUACCUCGUUCCUUUGACUUCUCACUCAGCUAAGGCUGGAGAGCUUGCCGAGCAGACUCUGGCCACAUACAUCGAAGACGGUAAUGGCUCCAACAUCGAGGACCUGGCUUACAGCCUCUCUACAAGGCGUACGAUGCAUUCACAGCGCUCCUUCGUUGUGGCCGAGGACUCUGCUGCUCUGGUCGAGCAGCUGUCAACCCCUCGCCCUGCUGCUCCUUGGACUCCCACUCAGAAGUCCACUCCCCGACUUGGCUUCAUCUUCACCGGCCAGGGAGCGCAGUGGCACGCCAUGGGUCGACAGCUCCUCGAGCAGUGCCCUCAUUUCAGACAGAGCAUCCAGCGAUGUGACUCUGUUCUGAAGGCGCUUCCCGACGCACCGGAAUGGUCCAUUCUCGCAGAGCUCAAGAAGACCAAGGAGACUACUCUGCUCGGAGAGACGCUCUACUCUCAGACCAUAUGCACAGCUCUCCAGCUUGCAAUCAUUGAUCUGCUUGAGUGUUGGGGUAUCAAGGCCAGCGCUGUUGUCGGCCACUCCUCCGGCGAGAUGGGUGCUUCAUACGCAGCAGGCAUCCUGUCCUUCGAGAAUGCCCUCAUUGCGGCUUACUACCGUGGUCGAUACAUGUCUGAAAGCAAUGAAGACGGUGUCCCUGGAGGCAUGAUGGCAGUUGGCCUCCCUGAGAGUGAGUGUCUCGAGGAGCUGAAGCCAUACGCUGGGCGCCUAAACAUCGCUGCUGUGAACAGCCCUUCCACCAUGACCGUGUCUGGUGACGAAGACGCUAUCCUCGAACUUAAGGACAAGUUGACCGAGCGAAAGAUCUUCGUCCGCCAGCUCAUCGUCAAGCAGGCGUUCCACUCGCACCACAUGUUCCCCUUGGCUCCGGCCUACGAGAACGCCCUGAAAGCCAACAAGGGCUUCAAGACCCAGGAGGCGAAGUGCAGAAUGUUCUCGAGUGUGACGGCUCGUCUCGCCGACCCCGAGAACAUGAACGCUUCUUACUGGGCGUCAAACAUGGUCCAGGCUGUUCGCUUUUCUGAUGCUCUCACGGGAAUCCUUCUGGACGAGCAGGAUGAUCAGAAUGUGGAUAUCCUGGUUGAGAUUGGUCCCCACCCAGCCUUGAAGGGACCAUCUCGACAGACCACAAAGGCCUUGAAGCUCGACCUCCCUUAUGUUGCUUCUCUGACGCGUGGUGUUCCCGAUUUCGAGGGUCUGCUGAGCAUGGCUGGAACUCUCUUCAGCCUGGGCUAUCCUGUUGACCUUGUUACGGCCAACCAGAACCUUAGCCGGGACACCGAUGGCUCGUUGAUUGCUUCAUCCACUGGGGCCAAGCUGAGUGACCUUCCUACUUACAGCUGGGAUCAUCGACGUUAUUGGUCGGAGACCCGUGUGAUCAGGGACCAUCGCCAACGUCCCUUCCGCCACUCAGUUCUUGGACACAGAGUCCCUGGAUCAGUCAACAAGCACCCUCUCUUCCGAAACUAUCUCCGCAUCAGCGAAUUGCCUUGGCUGAACGAGCACGUGGUGGAAGGGAAGAUUGUCUUCCCAGGCGCAGGCUACAUGACCAUGGCCAUUGAAGCCGUAUACAGGACUGAUUCAGUUGACGAAAUCAAGACGAUCAACAUGAAGGACAUUGUCGUCAAGAAUGCCCUUCUCAUCCCGAACACUGAUGAGGGUAUCGAGGUUCUACUUGAGCUCAAGCCGGUGACUCUGUCUGCCAAGAGCCACUCUGAGACCUGGUACGAGUUCAACGUCUUUUCCUACGACGAGAACAACAACUGCACCAGCCACUGUCAUGGUACCAUUAGCCUGGAGAGAGGAAAUGCCGGGCCCCUUGAAUACUCGGCUUCUUCCAGCACUCAGUCCAUGCUCUCUGAUCUCCGCACCAAGACAAACCGAUCUAUGCCUGCUGGGACUUUCUACAAGAACAUGGCAGACCUUGGCUUGGGAUACGGAGAGAAAUUCCGUCUUCUCAAGGGAAACAUUGAGAGUGGCCUUGGCUUCGCCGUCUCAGACCUGAUUUACGACCCUUCGGCUUUGCCCUCGGCUCCUGGUGACGAGACUAUUAUGCAUCCCACGCUCUUGGACUCGUUCUUCCAUGUCAUCUUCCAUGCUGUCGAGCAGCGGCUUGGCCGACCCCUUGAUGAGCCCUAUGUGCCAACGUUCCUGAAGACUUUGAGAAUCGCAGGCAACUUCGUUGACUGGCGAUCAUCCACCGAUGUCAAGGAUUUCUUGGUUGCCUCUUUCACCAAGCUUCCUUCUCCUCGUGUCGCCAUCAAUGACCUGCUCAUGAGGAACCGGGACGGAGAUCUCAUGAUGGAGAUCAACGGACUCGAGGUCACUGCUCUCGGCCGAGAAGCUCCGGAGGGACAGGGACCUCGCACUCUGUUCUACCGCCAGCGAUGGCAGCCAUGCUUCGAGAUGCUCUCCAACGCACAGGAAAAGAGCAUCUCAGAGGUUGUCGACAUCUUUGCCCACCAAUUCCCUGACACCAAGAUUCUUCACCUUGCAGCGGACGUUGAUCGCACAACCCAGGUGCUUCACACUCUUGGAGCUGCAAAGGGUGAGCGCCGCCGCUUCAAGCAACUGGACCUUUGGUCCCCAAGCGGCAGCAUUCCCGAAGACGCUUACACCAGUUUGGUCAGCUCUUCAAACGGCUUGGUCCACUACGCAGAGCCUGAGCUAGGCUCAUAUGACCUCGUCAUUGUUAGUGAGACUGGAGCUGAUGCUUCUGCUUUCUUGAAGGACAAUGGUCGCAUCCUGUUCGAUGGUCACAAGGAACUCGUCCCUGCUGAUCUUGAGGAAAUCUUCGCCUCGCCCAAGUUCAGCGCGUUCCGCAAGGUUUCCGGUUCACCUGCAGCGAUUGAUGAGAUCUCGGUCAUCAUGCCAACUGGCGAUACUUCACCCCGGACCCUCGCCAUUCUCGGUGCCUUGGAGUCGAGGGUUGGUGCUAAGAUGAGCCUGACCACUUUCUCCGAAGUUGCCGAGGACGGUGCUUCUUUGCUCUCCGAGAAUGUCGUUGUUCUUGCUGGAUUGGACGAGCCAAUCUCUGAUGAGACAACCUUCAAGGGAACUCAGAGCUUGCUCAUUUCUCUGCAAAAGAACAUCGUUUGGUUGACUGAGGGUGCUACGCUCGAGGCUGCACGACCAGAGUCUGCCAUGUUCAUUGGACUUGUGCGAGCUGCUCGCUCUGAGAACGACACCAUUCGUGCCGUCACCUUUGACUUUGGCUGUGACUCUCCCGCAGAGCUUGUUGCCUCACACGCUAUCGGCAUGCUGGGCCAGAAUAUCGAAGAAGACGAGCUCACAGAGCGUGAUGGUGUCAUCUACAUCCCUCGUGUCGAGGCAGAUGAUGACCGCAACUGCAAGCUCAGAAAUGGCCCGAACCAGGAGCCUCAUCUCGAGGCCUUUGGCGAGCUUGGCAAGAGGUCGCCCCUUGCACUGAAGAUCGGAAAGGUAGGUCUGCUGGAGACUCUGUACUUCGGCGAGGAUGAGGAGAUCAUGGAUACCGACCUCAAUGAGAACGAGGUCGAGGUCGAGACAAAAGCCUCCUCCAUUAACUUCAGAGAUGUUGCUGCCAGCAUGGGAAUCAUUGAGGAUUUCAAGCUUGGAGAUGAAUGUGCUGGUAUCGUCACUAAUGUAGGAUCUGCCGUCACUGGCUUCAAGGUCGGUGACCGAAUUGUGGCCUUGCGCCCUGGUCAAGGUGCUCAUCGUACCUUGGUCCGAAACCCAGCUUCUUGGUGCUACAAGCUCCCAGAUAGCAUGUCCUUUUCUGAUGCUGCCGCCAUGCCUCUCAUCCUGGGAACUGCAUGGUAUGCUCUGUCGGAUAUUGCUCGAAUUCGAAAGGGCGAGAGCGUCCUUAUCCACGCCGCAGCCGGUGGUGUUGGCCAAAUGGCCGUCCAGAUCGCGCAGCGUGCUGGCGCUCAUGUCCUCGCCACUGUUGGCUCUCCCGCCAAGCGACAGCUUUUGAAGGAGCAGUAUGGUCUUACUGAAGAUCAGAUGUUCUCUUCCCGUGAUGCCUCGUUCGCCAAGGGCGUGAUGGCUGCCACCAAUGGCAAGGGAGUCGACAUCGUCCUGAACAGCUUGGCUGGUCCUCUUCUACACGCCUCUUGGAGCUGUGUCGCACCUUUCGGUCGCUUCUUGGAGAUCGGAAAGCGCGACAUUCACGAGAACAGCAAGAUCGGAAUGGAUCCUUUCCGCAAGAACGUUCUUUUCGCCUCUAUUGAUCUGGUGACCAUGUUUGAGAAGAACGAAGCCCUGGGAGAGCGACUCUUCAAGGAGUGCUUCUCACUCAUUGCGAACGGAGAGAUCCGAGUUCCAGCCACCGUCAAGGAAGUCUCUUACGCCGACGUUGUCAAAGGCUUCCGACUUUUGCAGAUGGGCAAACACACUGGCAAGGUCGUCCUUGUGCCUCAUGCCGAUGAUCUUGUUCCUGUCAUGCGAAGCGGAUACCGCAACACCAAGCUCUUCAGUCCCUCCAAGACGUAUCUUCUUGUUGGCGGUCUGGGAGGUUUGGGUCGAACACUCUCACAGUGGAUGGUGCGCAAGGGAGCCAUGAAGUUGGCUUUCCUUUCUCGCUCUGGAGCGGAUAAGCCCGAAGCCAAGGCAACUGUCGAGUGGCUUGAGCAGCGCGGCGUUCACACCCAGGUGUACCGUGGCGAUGUCUCCAAGUAUUCCGAUGUCAAGGAGUGCGUUGACAGCAUCGGCGCCUCUCUCGGUGGCCUGUUCCAAGCAGCCAUGGUUCUUCAGGAUGUGCCUCUCGAAACCAUGAGCUUUGCCCAGUGGCAGCGAUGCUGCCAGCCAAAGGUCCAAGGAGCUCAGAACCUCCAUGAGGCCACCCUCGAUAUGGGCCUGGACUUCUUCGUCUGCUUCUCGUCGGUCGCGGCCAUUGUUGGCUCCAAGGCUCAGGCCAACUACUCAGCCGCCAACUGCUUCCUCGAUGCCCUCAUGAGGAAGCGUCGCGAGAUGGGCCUCAGUGGUGCGACCAUGAAUGUGGGAGCAGUCACUGGUGUUGGUGUCGUCGCCGAAAACGAGGAGCUUCAGAAGAUCAUGCUCAGAAUGGGCAUGGAUACCAUCAACGAGGAGGAGCUACUCUACCAGCUUGAAGAGGCGGUCUCGGUUGAUAAGUCAACGAACUCGAUGUCCCCCCGAGGUUGCACAGCACACCAAAUCAUCAGCGGCGUUGGCCUCAUCAAGCCAGACGUUUACUGGGCAAGCAAGCCCAUCAUGAGAAACCUUUACUCCAACCACGACUUCGAGGCCGGCAACAACGACCAACAAGCCAAGAACAUUCUUGCAGCCCUUCGCGAGGAGCAGGAUAUCGAAAAGAGGACGCAGAUUCUCCUCGAUGGCUUCUUGGAGAAGAUUGCCAACGUUCUUGCGACACCGCUGGAGUCCAUUCUUCCCAGCAACCCCCUUUCAGCCUACGGUCUUGACUCUAUCGUCGCAGUUGAGUUCCGAAAGUGGUUCCGAAAGGAGAUUCAAGUUGACAUCGCCCUCUUUGACAUUCUUGGUGCAGCCUCUAUCAUGGCCUUGGUGGUCAAGACGGCCAAGAUGGUUACCUCGAGCGCAGCUGCCAAGAAGGAAGACACUGAUAAGUCAGCCAAGAAGACCGAUGUUGAGGUUGAGAACACCAAGAGUGACGGCCAGUCCUCUGUCAUGGCCUCGGGGCAGCUGACCAAGUCCGAUUCAACAGACAUUGUCCCCUUGUCAACCUUCCAGUCUCGUCUUUGGUUUGUCCACAGCUUCCUUGAGGACAAGUCGUUCCUCAACCUCCCCAUCAUCCUUCGCAUCAAGGGAAAGCCGGAUUUCCCCGCCAUGCAGAAGACCAUUCAAGAGAUGGCCGUUCGCAACCCUGCUCUGCGCACCGCAUACUAUGAGGGUGACGACUUCGCAGUCCAGCAGCCUCUGGAGGACUUCGAUCUCAGCCUCGACUACCGUGAUCUGAGCUCUGAGGCAAACGCAGAGAACUCACUCCAGGAACUCAUCAAGUACAACCGCAACAUCGAGAUGAACGUUGAGGAGGGAGAGGUUGCCACAUACUCCUUGGCCAAGCUGGGAGAAGAGGAUUGGGCUGUGGUUGGAAUGACCCACCACAUCUCCAUCGACCGAGCCAGUCUAUUCCCCAUGAUGUCCCAAUUUGUUGGACUCUACGAUGCCUUCCGUACCGGCAAGGAUCUCACCACGGUCUCGGCUCCUGAGUUUGACUAUGUCGACUUUACUCUCUGGCACAACGCCCGUCUCUCUUCGGACCUUAUGAAGCCUGACUUGGACUGGUGGCGAUCUACCCUGAAGGAAUUGCCUACUUGCAGCAAGGUACUUCCAUUUGCCAAAUGCGACCGACCCGUGAGGAGCGAUCCCCGCCGCGAGAAGGUCCACGCCAACCUCGACGCCAAGUUGUUCAGCCGCAUGAAGCGAGUUGCUGCGCAGUCGAACGGUACCCCUUUCCACUUCAUCCUGGCUGCAUUCCGUGCCUUCAUCUACCGAUAUACUGAGGAGAAGGAUGUCGUUCUGCUUAUGGUAGAUGGCAACCGACCUCACCCUGAUACUGAUGCCCUCAUGGGUUUCUUUGUCAACCUGGCCCCGGUUCGCUGCAAUGAUGAUUGCGAGGUUCCAUUUGACCAGCUCUUCCAGUCGACCAAGACCCGGGCACUGGACGCCAUGGCCCACAGCGGUGUGCCUUUCGAUACUAUCGUGGAUAUCAUGAACGUCAAGAAGACCAGUCGCCACAUGCCUGUCGGUCAGAUUGCCGUCAACUACCAGAUUCACGGCCCCGUUCCUACCUACCAGACCUCCGACUUCGUUGUCGAGAGCAUUGAGUCGGAUGACAUCCCCACCGCUGCCGACAUGCAACUCGAGGCCCUGGAGACCUCCGAGCACAGCCUUGAUCUCAAGAUUGAGUACUCCACCGCACUUUACAACCAACCCGACAUGGACCGGUUCAUCGAGAACUUCCUCGCAUUCCUCACGAGCUGCAUCAAGGACCACCGCCAGCCUGUGGAAGAGAUCAACAUGUGCGGACCUCUGGAGAUUGAGACUCUGAAGACGUCCUAUUGGAACACUGAGACCAAGGAGAACCACUGGCAAGGACAGAACGUUCUUGACAGGGUUGUUCAGAUGGCAAGCCAACACCCCCAAGCCCUGGCGAUUAAAACCUCUGACUGCCAAAGCAUCAGCUACAGACAACUGAUCGAGAACUCUGAGAGCGUUGCCUCUAUCCUCGUCAAGUCCGGGGUAAAGCCCCGUGACCGCAUCGCACUGCUCGCGCUUCCCGGUAUUGAAGCCGUCACCGGCAUGCUCGGCGCAUUGAUGACGGGAUCUUGCUAUGUCGCCCUGGAUACCGACUUCGCACCCGAUCGUCUCUCCUUUAUGAUUUCGGACGCAUCUGCCAGGGUUAUCCUUGCUGGUCCAGGCCAGUAUUCUCUCGCCUCUGAUUUGGCUGCCAGGGCCAUUACUCCUCCAAGAGUCAUCAUGAUUGAAGAUGCUGCCGCCGCCGGUCGAUCAAUUACCCAGCAACGCACACGACAAAUGAAUGACCCGUUCUACAUGAUCUACACUUCGGGCAGUACCGGUACUCCUAAGGGGGUAGUCCUGACCGAGGCCAACACGCAAGCUAUGCUCAGUACGCUGAACAAGGACUACGCUUUCACCUCCAACGACAACUUCCUCCAUCAAUCUUCCAUGUCAUUUGACCUUUCCAUCGUUCAGAUCUUCUCUGCCCUUACCGCUGGCGCGACUGUUUCGAUCGCAUCGUGGGAGAUUCGCAAGGACCCGGCCGAACUAGCCAACUUCAUGAUGAACGAAGGUGUCUCCGUCACAUACUUCACACCCACUCAAUUCUCCCUGCUCAUGGAGCUCAACACUGACGCCCUGAAGAAGUGCAACAACUACCGAGUUGCAUACUCUGCGGGCGAGCGUCUCCCAGUUCGAGUCGUCAAGGCCUUCUACGAUCUUGGAACGCCAGCUACCUUGUACAACACAUGGUCUCCCUCCGAAUUGGUUGUCCAGACUUCCAUUGCUAAGAUUGACUGCCCUGAUGACAGUACCGUCAGCCUGCCUAUCGGUUAUCCCAUGGACAACUGCCGCCAUUACCUACUCGACACUAAAGGAAACCCUGUCCCUACUGGUAUGAUUGGCGAGCUCGUGGUUGGUGGUGCUCAAGUCGGUGCCGGUUAUCGCAACCGCCCGAGUGUCAAUGCCAAAUCCUUUGUCGAAAACCCCUUUGCUUCGGACGAGGAUCGCAAGAGCGGAUGGACCAAAAUGUUCAAGACUGGAGACCGCGGUAGAUUCCGCCCUGAUGGCCAGCUUGAGUUUCAUGGCCGAAUUGCCGGCGACAAGCAGAUCAAGCUUCGAGGAUUCCGCCUCGAUCUUGGAGAGGUCGAGCAGGCCAUCUUCAAAGAGUCCCAGUCCCUGAAGAAAGGCUGGGGCCUAAUUGACAUUGCUGUCGUGGCCCGAACUGUGGAUUCCGAUGAGCAGAAGCUGGUUGCCUACUUGGUGCCCAAGACUCGAGUCAGCCGAGAUGACAAGGCCACGAUCGUGUCUCAGCUUCACCGACGAGUCAAGGCUUUCCUCAAUGACUACAUGCUGCCUAGCGGAUAUGAGUUCCUCGAAAAGCUUCCUGUCACCAUCGGCGGAAAGGUUGACCGACGCAACCUCCUCAGCCGAUCCCUGGACCUCUUCCAUCCCGGCUCUGCAGUGAUCGCAAACAAGGCCAACAAAACCGUGACAAACGGAGAUGGAAACGAACUUGAGACUUCCAUUCUUGCCUUGUUCCGGACUACCCUCGGCGCUGACAUUGGCCUCGACGACUCUUUCUUCGAAAAGGGUGGGAACAGCAUCCUCCUCGUGAGACUCCAGGCAAAGGUCAAGAAACAGUUCAAGAUUGCGCCUCCUCUCCCCGCCUUGAUCCGAGAGCCCACGGCUGCUGCUGUCUGUGCCUUCAUUCGGCGCUCAAAGGGUGGUAGCCCUGGCAAGAAGCGCGGAUUCGAGAACGUCCUCAGCUGGAACGUGGAGACGAACCUGCCCAACACCAGCCAGUACAUCCCUCGCUACGGCACCCCCCGUGUUGAUCGCGAUGAGUUGAACACUUUCCUCCUGACCGGAGGGGAUUCUUUCAUCGGUCUACACCUGCUGUCUGAAAUCCUUCUCUCAAAGCCUGAGGCGACCGUCUAUGUGCUUGGCUCGAUGGAGAAGCUCGAAGUCCCCCUUAUUGUCGACCUGCUUGAGAAGUAUGGCCUCCUCAACAGCAAGCUUCCCGCAUCCACGAUCCAUUCCCAAGUCCAGUGUGUUCCAGGAACGCUCAGCCAGACCAACUUUGGUUUGUCCAAGUCGGCGUUCCGAGAGCUUGGUGAGAAGGUCCAGGCCAUCUACCAUCUCGGUGGCCAUGUCUCUCUCUUGAAGACCUACACCUCCUUGAAGCCAGUCAACGUUACACCCAUCUUCGACAUCAUUCGACUGUCUGGCAUUGGAUCCUACCUCUCCGACAUUCACUAUCUUUCGACCUGGUCGGUUGCCCACCUGCAAACCUGGACCGCCUCGAAGCGAUCCCGAGAAGACUAUGUCACCGCGGAGGAAGAUAGCCGACACUUCUCUCCCCCGACCGAAGAUGAGGCAGGCUACUUUAAGACUCGAUGGGUGGCAGAGAACAUCCUUGUCAAGGCCGCCGAGCGUGGAUUCCCCGUCACCAUCACCCGUGCUUCAGCACUGACUGCGGCAUCUCGGGGCAACGGUACGCUCGACGCUGGUGACGAGUUUACGAUGCGGGUCAUCCUGAGUAUGAUUGAGUCUGGAAUGGUCCCUCAAAUUGGCACUCCUGAGCAACCUAGCUUCGCCGUCGAUGUGAUCCCGGUCGAUUGGCUUGCUUCCAGCUUCUUCACUCUCACUUCGGAGAAGACGGCUCUUUCGGCCAUCAACCCCCCCGAUCUGUACACGAUGCCUCAAAUCUACCACAUCACCAACCCUCGCCCGCUCAUGCUCAAGGAUCUUCCGCAAGUCAUCGCGGACAUUCGAUCGGAUCAUCAAAAGGCGGAAAUCGUCACCCUCGAGGAAUGGAUGAAGGCUAUGGAGCCAGCUGGGGGAGAGGACUCUGCGGGAGAGACUGUCAGGAACGAGGUCCUGAAGCAGUACCUCACCACUGGAUAUGUCAUGUUCAGCCUGGACAACAGGCGAACAAUGGACCUUUUGGAGACGUUGAGUCCCAACGCCGAAGACAAGUGCCCCGCAGUGGAUGCGAACUUCUUGGGCGACUUGUGGAGGAGGAUGAAGGAGAUUUAGGGGGACGGCGAGACUGCUAAGCGUAGCGUUGGAUUGUGCUAUUUCAUAUAUUGGGUUGACACUCAUUUCCUUUGGUAUUUUGGUUGACUUCGGUUUGGAUUUGUUGGAGUUUCCUUUUUUCCUUUUUAGAACAAAUUGCCUAUAGAGAGAUCCUUAAUGAUUAAC